UCCAGUCUUUACGUACUCGGAAAUGCCGAGCGGCGCUUCUUUCACUUUCACAUUUCACUUAAGCGACUUGACGAUGGCUAGCGGCGGCUGGUGCGAUGACCGCGUCAUAUGCGCCGUGUGCCUGGACAUGCUUAAAGACCCGGUGACCAUCGGCUGCGGGCACAACUACUGCAAAGAGUGCAUCCAGACAUUCUGGGACCGACCUCAGCAGGCAGGUGCCUACAGCUGCCCACAAUGCCGGCAGACCUUCGCCUUGCGGCCCACCUUGUGUAGCAACACCCUGCUGGCCGAAAUGCUGGAGACAUUACGCCAGACCAGCCUGGACAACGACACUUUGCCACCCGAAAGCUGUGCCCAAGCAGACGACGUGCUCUGCGAUUUCUGCCCGGACGUGAAGCGCAAGGCGGUGAAGUCGUGUCUUAUUUGUUUGGCGUCUUACUGUGAGAGGCACGUCCGUAGCCAUGAAGAGGCACCACUCCUCCGGAAUCACAAACUGGUCAGCCCGUUGGCACAACUGGAUCAAAAGAUAUGCCAAGAACACCAGCGCGCUCUCGAGCUCUUCUGCAGAACCGAUCAGAAGUGCAUCUGCGUGCUUUGUCCCGAUGAGACGCACAAAGGUCACAACACGGUGUCCGUGGAGGCCGAGUGGGCAGAGAAGCAGAAGCAAAUGAAGACAACAUUGGAAAAAAUAAAGCAGCAGAUGGAAGAACGUCAGGAAGUGCAGGAGAAACUGAAGCAGACAGUACAGCAUGUGAAGAACUCCACACAGGAUGAAAUAAAGGCGUGUGAGGAGAGCUUCAAGCAGGUGAUCCAAUCCAUUGAGAAAAUGCGCGACGAUGUGAUCCAGUUGAUGCGCACACAGGAAAUGUCAAGAGUGAGUCAACUUGAAAGCCUGAUAAAGCAGUUGGAAGAGGAGCUUGAAGAGCUAAAGGAGAAAAUGACCGAUGUGACUGAGCUGUCCAACAGUGAGGACCACCUCCACUUCCUGCAGAAGUUCCAUGUUGCCUCUGUUCCUCCUGAAAUGCGGGAGAUGCCCAGUGUUCCCAGCAAUACAGAUCUGCCCUUGAAGGCUGUGAGGAAAGCAGUUGCCGACUUUUCAAAAUGCCUACAGGAGAUCAGUGAUAAGGAGCUGGGAAAAAUCAACAAAAUAAGAUGGGAAGUUGAAUCUAUUGCCUUGUUGGAAGAAGACCCAAGGGUAGAUAACAAAUUUUUAAAAUAUAUCUGCUGUCUAACGUUGGAUCCCAUCACAGCCCACAGGAACUUAAUUUUGUCAGAGGACUUGAGGUCUGUGAGAGUAUCAAGACAGGCCCACCCGUAUCCCAGCCAACCACAGAGAUUUGAUCGCUACCAACAGGUUCUGUGCCAAGAGGGUCUGUUCUUGGACCGUUACUACUGGGAGGUGGAGUGGAACAACGGGCGGGUUGGCAUUGGUGUUGCUUACAAAGGAAUUGGCCGCAAAGGAGGCAAGGACCCUUGUGGCCUCGGAUACAACGGUGCCUCCUGGUGCCUGGAGUGGUCAGGGAGCAACUGCUUUGCCCACCACGGUCAGCAGCACAUCCCUGUCACCUCUCCCCUCUUUCCCCGGAUUGGGGUGUACCUGGAUUUUCCAGAAGGUAGCAUCUCAUUUUAUGGUGUGUCAAACACAAUGACACUCCUGCACCGUUUCCAGGCCAAGUUUACCGAGCCACUUUAUCCAGGCUUCUGGCUUUAUGUCUAUGACUGUAUGGUGAGAAUCUGCCAGCCAAGGGGGGAUCUGCCAGCUUUGAGUUAGGUGAGAAAGUUUGAGUAGUGGGAUUUUAAACUUAUAUUAAGGUGAUUCGAUGGAUUUAACAGCAUGGCCUGUCAACCAUUCUCACAACAAUAUGCUGACAGUUUUAUUCUUGUGUGGCAUACAGUAUAGCCCAAAUGCUAAAUCAAAUCUUAGUGGAAAAUUUGUUAAUAAGUCAAGCCUUAAAAUAUUACCAUAUCUAUUCAUCAAAACCCGAUUUUAUAAUGGGAAAGGCUUUUGGAACUCACCAAGUUUGUUGAAUUGGUCUACUCUCACAGCCUAAACUUCACACACACACAAAUACAGACACAAAUGAUAUCCACACAAGUAUGUAUGAGUGAUGUCUACACCGACAGUCACUGCUUAGCACUCCGCAGAGGGAUUUGCCAGUUUUAGUACAAACAACACACGUGUGUCCCUGAGACACUUGGAGUUUAGUACACCUUGGUUAAAACCACUGACCAAUCACAGAUGUGUUUCGUUCUUUUGAGGUGUCUCCCUCAACUUGCUAAACCCGGUGAGAAAGACAGUGGCAGUUUCCCCACAUUAGGUGCCAUGUUGUUUACUUUAUUACUUCAGUCAUUCCAGUUAAAAAAGACAAGGUAUGGAAACUUAAAAGCAACUUGGUUUUAAUUAAAAUUGAAUAAUACAUAUAGAAGAAACUAUAGGGCGGCACGGUGGUGCAGAAGGUAGCGCUUCUGCCUUGCAGUUAGGAGACCCGGGUUUGCUUCCCAGGUCCUCCCUGCAUGGAUUUUGCAUGUUCUCCCCAUGUCUGUGUGGGUUUCCUCCCACAGUCCAAAGACAUGCAGGUUAGGUGCAGUGGCGAUUCUAAAUUGUCCCUAGUGUGUGGUUUUUGUGUGUGCCCUGCGGUGGGCUGGCACCCUACCCGGGGUUUGUUUCCUGCCUUGCACCCUGUGUUGGCUGGGAUUGGCUCCAGCAGAUCCUCAUAACCCUGUAGUUAGGAUAUAGCGGGUUGGAUAAUGGAUGGAUGGAUGAAUAAAAUAUAAUAGAGAAACAAAUAAAUAUAUUGUAUUGUAUUGUAUAUAUAUGUAUAUAUAGUCAUGGGCGGCACGGUGGCGCAGUGGGUAGCGCUGCUGCCUCGCAGUUGGGAGACCUGGGGACCCAGGUUCGCUUCUCGGGUCCUCCCUGCAUGGAGUUUGCAUGUUCUCCCCGUGUCUGUGUGGGUUUCCUCCGGGCGCUCCGGUUUCCUCCCACAGUCCAAAGACAUGCAGGUUAGGUGGAUUGGCGAUUCUAAAUUGGCCCUAGUGUGUGCUUGGUGUGUUUGUGUGUGUCCUGCGGUGGGUUGGCACCUUGCCCGGGAUUGGUUCCUGCCUUGUGUUGGCUGGGAUUGGCUCCAGCAGACCCCCGUGACCCUGUGUUCGGAUUCAGCGGGUUGGAAAAUGGAUGGAUGGAUGGAUAUAUAGUCUUACAGUGAAUUUACAGCAAUGUCAAAAAGGGUGUUCUCUUCAGUGGCUUUUAGAUUCCUUUGUCGUACUGACACAUUACUUACAUUCUCCAUUCUCCAUGGCCUCCUUUGCUGAAGUGUGAGUACUUCUGUCUCUGACCUUGAUUACAGGUCCCUCAGAUGGGCCGUUAUUUAUGCCAAAAAUCCAUGUGGAAUUCUGGACCUCUUGAUAUUACACACAUGUGAUUGGCAACUCUAUCUUGGUGAUGGAUGGCUCUGCCUAAAAGCUUGGAUCCUUAUACUUAUGUGUGUAUUCUCUUGCUGUCUCCAGUUCUUUUACAAUUAAGUUGUAAAUUGUCAUUUUACCAUAAAUUACAAGGAAUGUACAGAUGUAGUCGGGUAAGCAAGAAAGAAAGAAUGUACAAAUGUAUUUAGUUCAUAAAUUAUUGGUGAAAAAGAGAGAAGGAAUGUGGAUGUGGUUAAGUAAAUUGCCUUCAAGGGUCCCGUAAAUUGCCUUUGUAAAUUGUGAAUUGUCCUCUACAGUUGAUUGCAGUUUAUUUGAGGAAAAAGUAAAAACUUAUACUUGUAAA